CUCUAAGCAUUGGAUACACAGCUUGUAUAUGGGUUGCUGAUAAAUGAAGAUGGGCAAACUACAGAAUGACGACCCGGCAGACCACAAGAAGGGAAACUCUGCCACGCCAGUCACAGCCUGUCUGUUGAGCGCAGCCUUCUUCGGUGCCCUGGGGUCAUCUUUCCUUUAUGGGUACAACCUCUCUGUGGUCAAUGCGCCUGCUCUGUACAUUAGAGAUUUCUACAAUAAAACAUGGAUUGAGAGAUACGGGGAGCCUGUUGCAGCAGAGACAGCCACCCUCCUCUGGUCUCUCACAGUGUCCAUAUUUGCUAUCGGAGGUCUUCUGGGAGCUCUGUCAGCCUCUUUUCUUAUGAAAGUAUUUGGAAGGUAUAGCUCUCAGCGCCCUCCCCAUGUAUCUGGGAGAAAUUUCUCCAAGACAUAUCAGAGGUUCUAUUGGCCAGUUCAACUCCAUCCUGAUCUGCUUGGGAGUGUUUACAGGGCAGGUGCUUGGACUGCCACAGCUGCUGGGCAAGGAGUCCAGAUGGAAUUACCUGUUUUCCUUCUUGGCUUUGCCAGCAAUGCUGCAGCUGUGUGUGUUGCCUUUCCUCCCAGAGAGUCCUCGCUUCCUGCUGAUGGAGAGGAGGAAUGAGGCUGCAGCAGAAAGAGCCUUUCAGAGGCUUUUGGGAAAGAAGGAUGUGUCCAAAGAGCUGGAAGAGGUUCAUGCAGAGGCUCGAGCUCAGGACAACGUACACACCGUCUCUAUGUUACAGCUGCUGAAGACUCCAGCUGUUCGCUGGCAGCUCAUCACUAUCAUCGUCACAAUGUCCUGUUAUCAGCUUUGUGGCCUUAAUGCUAUUUGGUACUACACCAAUGGGAUCCUACGGGAAGCAGGCUUUGCUGAGAACAUUCUCCCCUACGUAACCCUGAGCACAGGGGCUACAGAGACUUUGGCUGCCAUCAUCUCAGGUUUAGUGAUAGAACGAAUUGGAAGGAAACCUCUCCUCAUAUUUGGUUUUUCUGCCAUGGCUGUGUUCUUCAGUUUGCUCACAGUGUUCCUCAAUUUCCAGGACAGUGUGUCAUGGAUGCCCUACCUCAGUUACAUCUGUUUACUGGCUGUGAUUGCGUCCUUUUGCUCUGGGCCAGGUGGCAUCCCCUUUGUACUGACAGGGGAACUGUUUGAACAGUCCUACAGACCUGCCGCCUUCAUGAUCGCUGGCAUCGUAAACUGGCUGUCCAACUUUGCUGUUGGCCUUCUGUUCCCAUUCCUUCAAGAGGCUCUGCAGUCAUAUACCUUUCUGGUGUUUGUUGCCGUAUGCAUCGUGGGAUCAAUCUAUCUCCAUAUCGUCCUCCCUGAAACCAAAAAUAAAACAUUCAUGGACAUCAGCCAGAGUUUUGCCAAGAUCAACAAAAUCCCUGCUCCCUCCCCCAGCCAAGAAAUGGAGCUGGUUCUUUCCUUUAAGCCUGACGUGAACGAUAAAGUACGAGAUAUGUCAAAGAUGGAGAGUUCUAUCUAAGUGAAGAAACUGCAUUAAUUAUGGAGAAGCAGGGUUGAAAAAUAAACUGGAAGUUGUUGUUUGUAAAUAUUUAUUUAAUGACUGUGAUCGGUGAAAAGAAAAUCCAUGCUUUUGGGCAGUUUUAAUGUGCUUUGUGUCGGUUUUGUAUGCUUGGAUUGUUUUAGGAAUGUUGUAUUUCAGUUGACAAUAAUGUUUUGUUUAUGUCUCUCAUCAAAAUAAAAAUAAAUCCUGUUCUGUUU